ACACACUGUUAAGAACAUGAAAAAAGGAACUAAAAAACGAACAUAGAGCAUAGUCACAAUCCAAACGGGGCUUUUAAAUUGGACGCCGGUGAAGGUGAGUCUGGAAAUCACGGUGGCCACCGUGGCGGCUGUAGGCAAACGCCGGCGAAAAAUCGCGUUUGAUGUGAAACUGAAGCAGAAGCAGGUGUUGGCGCAGCGUUCCCUUCCUCUGCUUGGAAAUCCGAAUUGUAGAAAUCAAGUCACCCGAACAUGGCCCAAGAUUCCGAGAAGAGGUUCCAUUCCAUCAUGGACAAGCUCUUCCAUCCUCCCAAAUCCUCGUCCAAUUCUUCACCUCUCACCUCCAGUUCAUCUGGAGUGCAAGUAUCAGGGGGUAAGAAACGUCCUUACCAGUCAAUUGCUUCAGGGGUUACGGAGUUGAAUAGGAGAGGAGAUGUUGCUGAGGGACAGCAAUCUUCCUCAGGUGCUGCUGCAGCCCCGCAGGGACCGCUCUGUCGACCGUGGGAUCGUGGUGACUUUAUGAGAAGAUUAGCGACAUUCAAAUCUAUAUCAUGGUUUGCUAAACCCAAGAUAGUGAGUGCUGUAAAUUGUGCUAGAAGAGGUUGGAUCAAUGUGGAUAUUGAUACCAUAGUUUGUGAAGCAUGUGGGGCACGUCUUCUUUUCUCCACACCAGCAUCUUGGAAUCAGCAGCAGGUGGAAAAGGCAGCCUUGGUCUUUAGCUUAAAGUUGGAUAAUGGACAUAAGUUACUUUGUCCAUGGAUUGACAAUGCCUGCAGUGAAACAUUGGCACGAUUUCCUCCUACAACUCCUCCAAUAUUAGUUGACAAUUUCAAGGAACGUUGUUUUGAGCUCUUGCAACUAUCAGCUCUUCCGCGUGUUUCAUCUUCAGCAGUAGACUAUAUGCAAAGACAAAGCCCUCUUCUGGAAGACUUUCUUGGACAAUCUUUGAUGCUGGAGAAUGGAAAUGGAUCGGCUGAAAAUUCUGGGAUUGGAGAUGUUAGUAGUCAAGAGGAGCUGAAAUUGUAUUAUCAGGCUCAAAAGCUUAUAAGUUUAUGUGGUUGGAAACUUCGUUCUCUACCAUAUCUCAUUGAUUGCAAGGAUAUAUCAAACCAGUCUGUUAAAAAUACAAAUAUUAUAGAUUGUUCUUGUGUAGCUGCUGAUGUGACAACUAAUAAUGAUCUCAUUGUCCAUUCUGCUGGCACUGAUGAAAAUUCCAAGGAUUCUAGUGAGGAACAAGUGCAUCCCAAUUCUGCAGUUUUAGAUUGCACCCUUUGUGGAGCUACUGUUGGAUUGUGGGCAUUCUGUACAGUUCCUCGUCCUGUGGAGUCAAUCAGAUUAGUGGGUUAUGCUGAAGUGAAUGGUGAAAAUGCUUUAGUGGCCGAUCUUGAGAGUAGGCAAGGUGUAAAUAAUACCAUGCCUGAUGUUGCAAAUUCAUCAAAGGAUGUUUCUUCAAGUCUAAAUAUGACAAUUGCAGGGGGGCCUCCCCCAACAAAGCAAAACUUUAAAGCAAUAAUAUCUCUGCCAGUUAUUGGUCACAAUUUAAGGGCUCGUCUUUCUUAUGAUUUGAAUUUUAGAGACCAUCUUUUUGUUGACAGAGGUGGUAUUCUGUCGGAUUUACAGGAGAAAACUGAUAACACAGUUAAUGAUUCUAUUGGACAGCUUGUUCCUGUGUCAUCUGAAAUCAGGGAAAUUUCAAAUUAUGAAACUGGUUCUCAAGCAAGUAUUCAUGAUUCAGCUGUAGAUGCUGUUAUAGCUGGCACAUCUUAUGCAGGACAAUCUUCUGGUCUUAAGGAUAAGAUUCCUGUACACACAGAGGCUGAUAAAUUGGAUAGUUCAGCUACAGGAUAUCCUAGUAGCUCUCAGAAAGACAUGACAGAAGGUGAAGCACUUUCUGUUACACACAAGACUUUGGAUGGAGAAGUUAGUAGUCUUGAAAAUCAUGGGGUCAAAGAUACAGAGAAUCCUAUUGGCAGUGCAGAUGUACAAUCUAGUUUAGGAAAGUUUAAGAAUCCAACACUGUCUGAUAAAGCAGUGGAAUUUGAUCCAAUCAGGCAGCAUAGACACUUCUGCCCCUGGAUUGCAUCAAUAAAUGGUGGGGAGCCUGGGUGGAAUCAAACGUUAUCUGCUCUGUACCAUCAGAAAAAUCUUUUGCCGCAUUCACCAAAUAGAUCUCCAUCAUCUAUGUCUGUUGUUAAGGUGGAUGACCCUGUCGGUUCAAUUAGAAAACUUUUUAUGUCUCCGCCAACCAGAAGAAUGAAACUCACUCACAGUACGGGCCAAAAUACAGAACCGCUUGGGCCAAGGGGAUGAGAGGGGUCCUAACUCCUAAUUCAACAACACCUCACUCCUCCUCCAGCUAAAUGCUGUGUACACUUACUUUUUCGUGGCUUGUUUCCCUAUUUAAAAGCCUUAAAAGUUGUAAUUGUUGUAUCAAAAGUUCAAUUCUUUUUUCUUAAGAUAUAUCUGGUUCAAUCUUGCUCCACAAAAGAACAUUAUUGGUUUACUUGCGCCUUGAUUCCAGUGAUUCACGAAUACUUGCCGGUUAACCGAGCUGUAAUAUUUUUUCGUCAUUUGUAAUACAAUUGGCAGAAGUUACAUAGGGUUGGACGAUAAUGGAUAUUGUUAUAGAAUGUGAUAUGUCCUCUUACACGGGAAAUCAACGAGAGAAGGGAGUAGACAAUUUUAUGUUUACUCCAUUACGCCACAGUUGGUAACGAUAACCUUAGAAUAAGGGCGGUUGAAUCCUCUUUCUGCUACAACAGCUCUUUUGUCUCCGAUUAGCUUUGCUACCCUGUAGUAUCAUUAUAAUUAGCAAUAUCACAGAUUCAGGUUGAAUUGUAGAUAGCAGCAGACAUAUAAAACAGGUAGAAAACAAAAAAAGUGUGUUCGACUCACCUAAAAUACGGAGAGCCCGUAUUCUCUUGUACAGUUUUUACCUGACCAAUCCUCUGCACAACCUCCAUCCCUCUUACUACCCUUCCAAUCACAAGCGACGAUGCAUCCAGCUCUGGUGAAUCCUUUGUAACAAUGACAAAUUCUGUUCCGUUGGGAUCAGUUCCAACUUCUUCUUGAUCAAUCUCCAGCUUCCCUUGUUUUGCAAUCAGCUUCAACUUGGGAGGGGGUUUUGAUGGGUCUCUCACAAUAAUGCCUACACUUCCAGCCACGUUUUUAGUCCCCGGACAUCUCUCGUACGUUCUCUCCCAUUCCUCAACAAGACUAUCAGUUGCCAAAUUGUUCCCUGUCCUCUUAGCAAGUUCAACAUCCACCCCAUAAGAUCUAAGGCCACCAUGUUGAACAUAAUUGGGCAUGAUUUUUACAAACUCUUUUCUUCUAUAGCUAAUACCAGCAGCCCCACUUACAAUCUUACUAAACCUAUCAACUCCUGCAGGGACAUCAUCUCCGAAGAGCCCAAUAGUAAUGCGACCAACAGGUUCACCAUCAAUAGAUAUAUCGAAGAAUACUUCUUUGGUGGGUUUUCUUUCAGUGCAGCUGGGAGUGAUUGUCAGAUUCUCUUCUUGUUGAUCACUGGUACUUGGGUUAGCAACAUUUUCUUCUGCUCUUGCUCUGGAUCCAUCCACUGCCUGAGCACCCAAAAGAAGGAGCAAACAAGAGUUGCUGUAGAUUGUGAGCUCUCUACGCGAUAAGCUGCAUUUAUGUUUGAGGACUGGAAAGGAUGGAGAAGUGGGUAUUAGUUGGAAUGGCGAAAGUGAUGGUGCUGACGUGCGAAUUGGAGGAUUGAAAGGUUGAGGGGAAGAUCGAAGUACUAUUGGGUUUUGUAACAUUUCUCCGUUGUUGUUGCUCUUGGCACUGCUAGGGAAUUGAUUUAUGCUAGUGUCUGCAUCAGAUGUUCCUUUUCAUAGGUAGAUUGUGAGAUGUAGAAAAGAAAACGAAGUAGAGUGGAACAACAGAUAGAGUAACGGAUACUUGGGAGAUUUCAUGGAUAAGAAAAUAUGGAAAUAGCUACGUUCUAU